AACUAUAGAAGAAUUCCUCUAUUCCAAUUACACACUUCCAUCAAAGAAAAAAUUCAGAGGACUUAAACAAGUCACAUAAAUAAAAACCAUGGCUUAUUGGUCUGCAGAAAAUGCCACAAAAGCCUUUCUCAGCACUUUGAAAAUGGGUCAAAAGGCAAAAGAACCAUCUGUUACUGAAUAUAUAUCAGCCCUAGCAGCUGGAAAUAAUGCACAAUUAAUGGUUGUUGCUUCUGCUGCUGCAGCUGAUUCAACAACACUUGCACUGAUUGCUGCUGCUAAUCAAACUAAUGGAAAUGUAAUUUGUAUUGUACCAAACAAUGAAGAUCUAAUUGCAUCCAAGAAUUUCCUAGGAGUAGCUGCUAAUAAGGUGAAGUUCAUGGUUCGAAAAGAAGCUCAAGAAUUAAUGGUAUUUAACAAAGCUGAUUUUGUUGCAAUUGAUUGUAAUCUUGUGAACCAUGAAGAGAUUGUUAAAUUAGUACAAAUCGGCGCAGGUAAUAAGAAAAAUAGUGUAGUUGUAGUUGGCUAUAAUGCAUUUAAUUGUAAAGGGUCUUGGAGAUCUUUUGGAUCAAAAACUCAGUUGCUUCCUAUAGGAGAAGGAUUGUUGGUGACAAGAUUUGGAUCAGGAAUGAGUAAGAGUGGUCGAAGCCGGUGGAUUGUGAAGUUUGAUAAAUUUACUGGUGAAGAACAUGUUUAUAGAGUUAGACUUCCACAAGGAAAAGUUAUUUAAGCCUCAUCCUCUUCAUCAUAGAUCUGCAUAACCUCAUGAUCUAGAGAAUUGUUAGAUUAAAAUACAUAAAAAAAUGCAUUUGGUUAGAAGUUGAUUCUUCAACCUUGUGAAACACGGUUUGAAACUUGGAAAAAAAUUACAUAGUUAGAAUAUAAACAGAUCAAUCUUGAUAUGACAGUUUAGAUCGACAAAGGUGUGAUUGGAGAGUUUUUUUUUUUUUUUUUAAAAAAUUGUUGAUUUGUAAAUUAUCAACAACUUCUUUACAAAUAAAUGUUGUUGCUAGGGAUUGAACCCUGAACCAACAACUUCUUUAAAUCAGUUAGCAAGUACCAUUUAUUUUUCUUUGGGAAAUGAUGUAGACACCAAGAACUUAGUCCUAUCUCAAAUGUACAAA